CUCCUCUUCUCCCCAGGCAGAGUCCUAAUGCUCCUGGCUAGCUGGCGGUGAGCAGCUGGGGACCGUCGUGGUCGGCUCCCCAAGGAGGUCUUCUGAAGCCAAUGGAUGCGUUCCCGGGCUCAGGGCUCAAGAGGAAGUUUGACGAUGUGGAUGUGGGCUCCUCAGUUUCCAACUCAGACGAUGAAGUGUCCAGCAGUGACAGCGCUGACAGCUGCGACAGCCUUAACCCUCCUACGAAUGCCAGCUUCACGCCCACCUCCAUCCUGAAGCGGCAGAAGCAGCUGCGGAGGAAGAGUGUCCGCUUUGACCAGGUGACUGUCUACUACUUUGCUCGGCGCCAGGGUUUCACCAGCGUGCCCAGCCAGGGUGGAAGCUCUCUGGGAAUGGCCCAGCGCCACAACUCUGUGCGCAGCUACACCCUUUGUGAGUUUGCACAAGAACAGGAGGUGAACCACAGAGAGAUUCUUCGUGAGCACCUGAAGGAGGAGAAACUCCAUGCCAAGAAAAUGAAGCUGACCAAGAACGGGACCGUGGAGUCCGUGGAGGCUGACGGCCUGACACUGGACGACGUGUCGGACGAGGACAUCGACGUGGAGAAUGUGGAAGUGGAUGACUACUUCUUCCUUCAGCCCCUGCCCACCAAACGGCGGCGGGCCCUGCUGAGGGCUUCCGGAGUGCACCGGAUCGAUGCUGAGGAGAAGCAAGAACUGAGAGCCAUUCGCCUGUCUCGGGAGGAGUGCGGUUGUGACUGUCGGCUGUACUGUGACCCAGAAGCAUGUGCCUGUAGCCAGGCUGGGAUUAAGUGCCAGGUGGAUCGAAUGUCCUUUCCGUGUGGCUGCUCCAGGGACGGCUGCGGAAACAUGGCUGGGCGGAUUGAGUUUAACCCAAUCCGAGUGCGGACGCACUACCUCCACACCAUCAUGAAGCUGGGGCUGGAGGCCAAACGGCAGCUGAGCCGCGCAGCAGCCCCCGAGGACGAGCCCUCACCCUCUGCCGGCUGCAGCCUGCCAGGAGCGCAGAGCUCGGAGACGCAGGACUUCCAGGAGUUCAUCGCCGAGAACGAGACUGCGGUGAUGCACCUGCAGAGUGCGGAGGAACUGGAGCGGCUCAAGGCCGAGGAGGACUCGAGUGGCUCCAGCGCCAGCCUGGACUCCAGCAUGGAGAGCCUGGGCGUGUGCAUCCUGGAGGAGCCCCUGGCUGUUCCGCAAGAGUUGUGUCCGGGCCUUGCUGCCCCCAUUCUCAUCCAGGCCCAGCUGCCCCCGGGCUCCUCCGUCCUGUGUUUUACUGAGAACUCAGAACACUCGGCGGCCUCCCCGAUGAGCAGCCCGUCGUACUUGAACAGUGGGCCUCUGGUGUACUACCAGGUAGAGCAGAGGCCGGUCAUGGGAGGGAAAGCAGAGGCCGGUUCAGAGGAAGGCACAGCCUCCUUCCCCAAGGAGAAAGAGCUGAGUGUUUUCUCCCUCCCCGUUACCUCACUGGUGGCUUGCAGCCCCUCAGACUCAGCCUCCCUCUGUAAGCCAGAGGUGGGGAAAACACCCACUCUGGACAAACUAUUGCCGGAUGACUGUAACCGUAAAGGGCCUGAGAGUGACGAGUUCCACGCGUCUUGGUCUCCCUCGAGCCUACCUUUCCGAGCAGACAGUGAAGAAGGCUGUGGACUGCAGAACUCCCAGCAGAGCGAGGACCGGACCCCUGAGGACUCUGCCCUAGAACUCCCUCUGCCAGUGUGACCUGAGACAGACAUUGCCCGUGCUCUAUUUAUUAUCUCACGCCAUUUCAGAGCAGAACUGCUGCUCCCAGGUUAUUUCAUUGGAAGCCCUAGGCACAU